AUGGCAUUGGAAAACCUCACCCAUUUCAGGUGCAAAGAUGAAAAUCUAGUUCAAGAUGAGCUACACCCUUGGCUGGAUGUUACUCAUAGUGAGGUUAACCAACAAAGUGAAACUGCAGAGGAUGUUACUCAUGGUGAGGUUAACCAACAAAGUGAAACAGCAGUGAAUCAUGAGUAUGAAUGUGAAGCACAUACAGACUAUUCAUUUCCAACAGAUAGUGAAAGCAGCAACUUCUCUGUCAUGGAUGAAACUUUUGAGCUCAAUGUUCAAGAGAACAGGCUACAAGAUGAUUUGCUGUCAGAUUAUUUACUUCCAUCAGAUAUUGAAAGCAGAGCUGGCUCAAUAUUGGGGGAAAGUUUUGAGAUGGAUCACAAAGGAAAUAAAAAUGAGAAUAUUUCUGAUAGCAUAACUUCUGAGGAUGAUUAUGAGGAUGAGGAGGAAGAGGAUAGCUUGAUUGAAAUCAAUCUUCCAUGCAGUCUCUUUCCUGACUUGAAUGAAGAUCCUGAGCAAAAAUUACAAUCCAAGUUGCCAGAUUCCAUUUUCAAGCAACAAAGCCUAAUGGAGCUGUUAGCAGAAUUUAACGACAUCAAUGAGGAUGAAAACUUGAUAGAGAUUGAUAUCACCAUUGGAUCCAUCAAUAAUCCAGAUUUCAGAUUGAAGAAAGAAUCUGCACAUUUUGAAGAUGAAUGUGUUCUUAGUUAG